AUGGAUUUCCUUCGCAGCAUAAUCGGGACGCCGGUGAAUCAUUCCAUCGAGGUGCCCACGGUGACGAGAUGGUUUGCGGGUAAGGCCAAGUUUCUCUUCUAAUUCUUUAAAUUAAAUAUUCAAGAUUUCAAAAUCUAAAAAAACAUUUCAGAAAUGCCCCAAAACUACAUGAUCAUGAUAUCUCUGGCGAUGUGGUUCUCUGUUGUCUCCAUAUUCCUCGGGGCCCUUCAUUUAGUCUACGUCCUAAAAUACAUCAGCAAUGAGCAAAUACAAACCGACCUGUAUUGGAUAAUUUUUAUGUGUCCGGUGGUGUCGCUAUGCGGAACAAUCGGGAUGAUUCUGCCGCGCUCGGCGGUGUUUCUAUACGCUGUUGCUUUGGUGUAAGUCUUUGGUUUUUUGCUUAAAAUUCCUAUGGUCUGAAAGGCGAGUACGGCUAAUUUUUAAUCGCGCAUGUUAUGGCUUUGCAAAUGAAACGUCAAAAUAAUUUUUUUUGAUGUUUUUUUGCAAAGAAAAAAAUGACGCCGACCACGCACCUGCCAAAUGAAUUGCCUUGAAAAGGGUAAUUAGACCCUUUAACAUUCAAAAAAACCAUUCAUAACCUUACAAAAUUUCAGAUAUUUUAUGCUGUGCAUUUUCGUGAUGGUCACGUUGAUGACCACGCUGCACGGGAGUCGGCAAGCAAUGUGCGAAAAAUUGACGGAACGGAAUUUCAAAAUAAGCGUUCGCGUCUUCCCACUCGGCUGCUGUUUGUUCUGCUUCCCCAAGCUGGAUCCCACAGACAAGAACUUCCGCCGUAUCGAAUGGCUCGUAUUUCAGUCGCCGUUGGUGCGUAUUUUCCUGGAAAUUAUGAACAUCAUGGUGUUCUUCGAGAUCAAUGACCGAAUGCAUCUGUUCUUCCAAAUCUCGAACUUGAUUGGCAUGUGCUCGCUCUUUGUUGGGUCCUACGGAAGUUAUAUGAUCAUCCCGGCGGGCAGUGUAAGUGGAAAGAGUGAUGAGUUAUGUAAAUACUUUCUUGACGCCAAAAAUUAGGGUUGAUGGGGCAAUUUGACUAGCCUGACAGGUCAUGUUAUCGUUCUGAACUCCGGUUCGACGUAAAAAAAUCAUGAUUUUGACCGGUCAGAUUUGGCAUUAUGAGCGCUCAAAUUUAGUUUAACAAUAUCAAAAUCCUUUUUUUGUUUCAGAAGCUCCUCAAAGCCUACCGUUUCCAACUGAUGUUCAGGAUGGUGGACCUCAGCCAGUUGGCUUAUUCCGUCCAAAAAUUCUUCUUUGACUUUCUGGCAGCAAUCGGAGUAUUCAACAAUACGGAGUUACUGCCGGAUCACGCGGUUGGACAAUGUAAGUAAAUUUUUAUCCUCAAAGAUUAUCAUAAAUUCUUUAUUAGCCUUCAAGUUUCAAGGCAUAGGACGGCGGAGUUUGGCGGAAAAGACGGGUGUUGAAUUUUAUGUCUUAUCGCAGGCUAAUGGACAAUUUUAUUUGUUAGAUAAGACUUGCUAUUUUUCUGUGGGAACGCUUUGAUUAGGAGAAGGACGCAUUGAGGUCAAAAACCUACAACUAGCGUGACUGUUCGAUGUUGCUGAAACGCGGCCAAUUUUAGAGUGGGGUUUUCUAAGACUUUCAUAAAAAUCAAUUUGCGAAAAUCGCUAAAAUAUAAAACCCCUAUUUUUCUCCAAUUUACCCACGCAAUUUCACAACAGACCUAAAAACCCCGAAUUUCAGUCUACACAUCGUUCCUUUUGACCAUCGAGAUGCUCGUGCUCUCCGUGAUGGCGACCAUUGUGUUCCGGCCGUCGCAGACCAUCUUCUUCGACAAAUACAAGCAUCCCAUUGAGCGGAUGGAAGAAGACAUGCGACGCCAUGAAUGCUCCUACGUCUCCGUCCCGAGCCUUUCGCUGGAAGACCCCAAAUUCGACAAUAACAACAAUUUCAAGCGACCGGAAACCCAAUCGACCUGCUCCUACGAAAGCGAACGGGAUGAUUUCGACAGUGCGACGAGGGUUGAUAACGUGUAUCGAGGGUACUUUUAG